UGCAAGUUUUAUCUAUUUUUACAUGUUUAAUGUGCUGGAAUAAUGAUAAAUAUGGCUUCUUGGUAAUUGAUAAAGACAGUGAUCUCAAUAAUGGGCGAUAUAAAAGAGGAUUUAAUUGCUUUAUGAGUAUAAAUUUAUGGUGAAUACAUUAAAUUGUACAUCAUAUAUGUGAUUGUCAAAGUGUCAACAUGAAAACCACGAAGCUGCAACAAGAAAAAAAAAUAUUGCAUCAAAGAGCGAAAGCUAGUGAUGCAAUACGCCAAAAGCAUAAGUUGAUUGGAAGAGAUAUGACUCAACAAAUCAUGAGUGAAAUAUUUAAACCUAUGGUGACUCCUCUUAAACAAUUAGCUGAUAAAAAACUUAUUGAAGAGGAACCUCAAGAAAUAAAAAUAAAAAAAGAAGAACCUAAAGAAGAAGUUGAAAGCAAACAAGAAAGCCUUACACCUGAUUAUGAAAUAACUGAUGAUGAUUCUUAUACAACAGCAACAAUUACCCAUCAAAGUACUCCUAUUAAAGACAUACCUGUAGUAACGUAUUUGAAGAUGUUCGAUUCUAAGCUCUUGUCCAAAGAAUUAGAUACAAAGUAUGGCAUACGAAAGUUAAAAGGUAAUCGACUGAUGAUGGAUGAUUCUGAAGUCAGGUUCGACAAUAAUUUUAUUUAUAUUGGUGAUAAAAAAUACAAUACUACUUCUGGUCUAUUGGAAUUAUUAUUUAUGAAUUCACUUGAUCAAUCAAAAAUAACAAAAGAAGAUAAAAACACUUACGACGGAAUUAUCAGUAUGACAAACGCCUAUCGAAAGCAUUAUCUUCCUGACAGAAGUAUCAGAGUAGAUAAGAAUUUAAAAAAAUUUACCGACAUCAUCAGUAAAUAUAUACCAAAAAGUGGGGAGAGUUUACCACAAUAUAUGAUUAAACAUAAACAAAAUUAUCCUACCGAUUAUAUUUAUUGGGAUGAUCCUAAUGAACUUGUAGGUCGACUUCGUUUACUUAUUGCAUCUCAAACUGCUGGAAAUUUCAGUCAUACUAACGAAAUUUUAUCAAUUUUAGAGAAAUUGCGUAAAGCUAAAAUCAUUCAUUAAUCUGAUGUAUUCCACACAGCUACUCAUUCUUUGAAAAACUUUUGAAGUGAGAGGUUUAAAAAUGAGUGUUGGCGUUUUCGGACGACAGUAAGCGAAAGAUGUUGUGAAAAGUGCUGUUCGUGGGCCUCCUGGUGAAGGAUUCGAAUUAACUGUGGAUCAAUAGUUUGACAUGGAUCAUAAGAGAUUCUGUAAUCUCGCUGAACCAGUAGAUUUGAAUAAUGCAACAUCAUUAGGAGUAAUUGAAAAAAAGAUUACGAUGUUAAAAAAAUUUUUUGAAAUGGAAUUACGUCUGUUACGCGAAACUGUAGCAAAUUUAAGAAGAAUUGUUGGAGAAAAUAGAGAAAAAAUCAAAAUAAUUAAUGUUCAAGUAGAGCAACAUAUUGAAUCAUCACAAGAACAUCGUAAACGUCUGAAAGAAGAAUUGAAUGAAACAAUUGAACUGUAUGAGUCAGAUCGAUUACGUUUACUGAAAAAAGCAAAUCGUAAACAAGCUGAAAAUAUUAAACAAUUGAAAGAAAAUAUUCGGAAAUAUCUUGAUCAGCAGCAUCAUGAACAUGGAGAAAAAAAUAAUAACUGAAGAGCUGCAUAGACCGGUUAGAAGAAAUUAUCAACGACGACAUGUUGAUAUAUGUGGACUUGAUAAAACUUGGCGAGCUUAUCUAGUUGACAUGACAGCAUAUAAAUCUUAUAAUAAAGGUCAUCAGUAUUUAUCGACUGUUAUUGAUAUUUUUUCAAAAUACGCUUGGGCUGUGCCCACAAAAUCUAAAAAUGGUGAAGAUGUAGCCCAUGUAAUGAAAUCGAUUCUAUUACAAAAAAGGGUGCCAAAAUUUUUUCAUGUUUAUAGAGGAAAAGAAUUUUACAAUAGAGAAUUUGAAGCACUAAUGAAACGAUAAAAUAUCAAAAUGUACUCUACAUUCAGUAAUCUUGAGGCAUUUGUGUGUGAACGAUUUAUUCGCACGUUAGAAAGUCAAAUGUGGAAACAAUUUACGUGGCGAGGUGAUUACAAAUGGAUAGACAUCUAACCAAAAUUGAUAACAUCAUAUAACAAUAGCAAACAUAGAACCAUCAACAUAAAACCGAUUGAUGUUAUUUCAGCUAAUGAGAAACAAUUACGUCAUACUAUCUACAAUAAUAAACUUGAAGCUCAAUAAAAAAUGGAAAAGACUAAAUAAUACAAGCUUAUCGACUAUCAAGACCAACCGAUUAAAGCAGGUUUUUAUCAAGAAGAAUUGACUAAAGUUCAAUAUCCUGAUAUUUAUUCAUUUGGUGGAAAAAGUUCUGAAAAAGCGUAGUAAUCAAGCUUUUGUCAAGUGGUUAGGAUUUGAUAAAACGCACAAUAGCUGGAUUAACAUAGAAGAUUUAUAAUGUCUCUAACUAAUGAGUUGGAAACAAUGACUGCCAAAAUGUUUUUGGCUGAAGAGAUAGAAGCAAUGACUGACAAAAUGUGUAGUGAUGCUCAAAAAUUACCACGUUAUACAAAAGAUAAAACUGCUAAUUUCAAAUGGAUACCUUUAACUCAUGAAGAACAACAAAAAAUUAAAAAGAAAAAAGAAACAAUUAAACAUCUUGAUAAAAUUAAUAAACGAACUUUGGAAGAAAUUAAAGAUGAAAAAAAAAAGACCAUUAAGGUUGACAAUGAUUUUAUCAUAUUAUUUGUAGAAGAUGAAUUCAAUAUGAACCAAUAUUACAUUUCAUCAUCAGCUAUCAGUUCAAAAGAAUUCUUAGCUCCACCAUGG